ACUGCUUUCCAAAAAUAAAAAUAAAAAAAUCACUCGAUAACCAAUCCGAUCGUCGAUGAUAAUCUGAUAUAUCCUGCACCUCCAUGCAUCCCGCAGAGAAUUAACGAAGCGUUUCCAUCUCCGCGCGCGCGCAUGCCAGCCGUCAGUCCUAUAUAACCCCCAAAUUAAGCACGUCCUGAGCCGCUGGCCGGUGCACGUCGCGCGCAUCCCAUUACAGGUGCAGGAACAACCACCAAUCGCAGCCAACGCCAUGACGCCGACAGCCCGCGGCCGCCAAUCAACGGCCACGAUCUUCUUCUCCCUCGCCGCCGCCGCCGCCGUCUUCUCGGUCUUGUUGGGCGGCGCGGAGGCGGGGCACGACCCGAGCGACUGCAGCGUGGCGCAGACGGCGUUCGCCGAGUGCAUCUCGUACGUGGGCGGGCUGGAGGACGAGCUGCCGCCCAACUGCUGCCGGGCGCUCGCCGACAUCGCCGGCCUGGCGCGCACGGCCCGCCAGCGCCGCGCCGUCUGCGGGUGCCUGCUCUCCGAGAUGCUCGUCGCCGGGGAGCUCGACGCCGGCCGCGCCGAGGGGCUCCCCGCCGCCUGUGGCCAGCAGGGCGCGCGCCCCUUCAUCCCCACCGGCCCCGGCUUCGACUGCUCUCGGAUUCACUGAGCAGAUCCAUGGACAGAUCGACCGGUCCGGCCGUUUCACGUACGUGCUGCCGUGUCGAAUAAGAACUUGACAAGACGCGCAAAGCUUUUAACUCGGCACAUAUUUUUCUUCUUCUUUUCUCUUGGGAGGAGCUGCCAGGACUAAUAUUGCUAUCCCUAUCUUGUUUCGUUAUUUUAUUUUUGGAAAUAAAUAAAGAUCAGUUCACAAGCUUUAUAUGCUGCCAUA